AUGGCGGACCUGAGCGCAGCGACGUUGGCGAUGCAAAAUCGUGGGCCUCCGGUCUUGACGGUCACGAUCGUUAUGAUCUGUUUAUCGACAGUGUUCGUGGCUUUACGCCUCGUAUCAAGAGCUGGGAUAGUGAAGAGAAUAAGCAAUGACGACUAUGCGAUUAUAUUGGCAUGGAUUAUCGCCUUUGGCUUCUCCCUCUCCGUCUGCUACGGCACCAGCAUUGGCCUUGGUCGGCACGAAGAGAACAUUCCUGACCACAAACGUGAACCUUUGAGAAAGGCAGAAUAUGCAUUUACGGUGCUCUACAAUCCCGCCCUCAUGGCAACCAAGACAUCAAUCUGCCUCUUUUAUUUGACGCUGUCGAAGAAUCAUAAGGUGUUCAAAUAUCUGACACUGGGUACAUUCGCCGUCGUCAACAUUGCUGGGGUCGCCCUGACAUUCCUGAACAUUUUCCAAUGUCGACCCUUCGGCGACGCGUUCAAAGAUCCGCCUCCACAUGGCGCCCAUUGCAUUGAUAUCGUGGAACUGUACCUUUCUUCAGCGCCAGUCAACAUUGUCACGGACCUCGCUCUACUGUUCCUGCCAAUGCCAAUCCUGACAGGCAUGCGAUUGCCACGAAAUGAAAAAUUAAUCUUGAUUAUCACGUUCAGUUUUGGCGGCUUCGUUGCGGUAGUAGACGUGAUUAGGAUCGCAUAUCUAGAGUCAGCAGCUACUGCCAGAUUAAGCAACAAGACUCAACCAGGGGGUUCAAAUCAAUACGGAGACUAUUCAUGGGUGGUCUCGCUUUCAUUCAUGUGGUCGGUCGUGGAGGUACAUGUAGGGAUGAUAUGUGCAUCUGUGCCUGGUCUCAAGCCUCUGGCUGCCAAGUUUGCUCCCAGUCUACUCGGAAGGAUCAAAUCUUCACGGAACAUGAAUGGCAAUCCUUUCUAUGGACCGGGCGAUGCUCAAUGGGCCGACUUGGGAAGGGCAAGUCAAAAUUCGAACACCAUACCUGCCAUUUCACGCCCACCUCUGUCUCCAGUACCGGCGAAGACUCCAACACUUCCUCAAAAUGACAUCGAGUCCCAAGAUCGCGAGUCUGAGGAUCAACAUCCAUCAAUGAAUAUGCUGGACUUUUUGACCACACCUGAUAUGACCGGCGUCUCUCAACAUCAAAAUCGCUUCUCGGGCACCACUGAAUUCUCGCCACCAAUAUCACCUACUGCCCCACGCGGACGCAGCAAUAGCCUCCAUAACAUCUUUGAUUUUGUCGACAUGAAGAAUCCCAAGUCAAUGGUGAAAAUGACAAACCGCGAGUCGCUCUUUCCCAACUCCCUGGUAACCAUCCUCUUCUUCCUCUGGGGCUUCGCAUAUGGCCUCCUAGACGUUCUGAAUUCCCAAUUCCAAAAAGUCACGAACAUCUCCUCCGGCUCCGGCCGUGCCAUUGGUCUCCACUCCGCCUACUACGGUGCUUAUCUCAUCGCUCCCCUUACCUUCGGUGGGUAUGUCUUCCGCCGUCAUGGCUUCAAGAGCACCUUCAUGGUAGGCCUUUGCGUCUACGGAGUCGGCACGCUCGUAUUCUGGCCUUCCGCAGUCCUGGCCUCUUUCCCUGCCUUUUUCAUCAGCAACUUCAUCAUCGGUCUCGGAGUCGCUACGCUCGAGACGGCCGGAAAUCCCUUCAUAUCCCUCUGCGGCCCUCCAGAAUAUGCAGAAGUCCGUCUCAAUAUCUCCCAGGGCGUGCAAGCAAUCGGAUCCGUCCUCUCUCCCAUCUUAGCAGAAAAAGUCCUCUUUAAGAACGUCAAAGAUACGACAUCGCUCGUGGAAGUCCAAUGGACAUACCUAGGCAUCGCUCUCUUCGACGUAAUCCUAGCGCUAAUAUUCUUUUACCUCCCCAUCCCCGAAGCCUCUGAUGCCGACCUGGACGCCAUGGCCUGCAAACGCAGCGCAAUCAAUAAUUCCCGCAUCCUGUCCUCUCUCUUUCCCUCCCGCAACGGCGUCGCCAUAACAUCCCUCACACUAGCUCUAGGCUGCUUCUCCCAGUUCUGCUACGUCGGCGCCCAAGAAGCCACAGCCUCCUUCUUCCAAACCUUCGUCACGCGCGUCCGCCCCACAUCCACCCUCUCACCCUUCGACUAUCUCUCUGUCGCCCACGCCUGCUUCGCCUUCGGCCGCUUUCUCACCGCCUUCAUGGGUAUCUGGCUGAAACCCCGCCACCUGCUAUUCCUUGGGUACGUUGGCGCCUUCACCGCCGCCGCAUGCGCCAUGUCCACAUCCUCCUACACAGCCGUCGCUUGCCUCAUCCUCGUCCUCUUCUUCGAGUCCGGCAUCUUCUCUCUCAUCUUCUCCAUCUCCCUGCGCGGACUAGGCGGCAGGACAAAAUGGGGCGCUAUGUUCCUUGCGGCUUCUACUUCUGGCGGCGCACUCGUGCCGGGCGUCAUGUCCCCCGUCCGCUCAUCAAGAGGUGUACAAUAUGCUUUUGCCGUCGUGGUCGCGGUCUUCGCUUUCGGCACCACUUUCCCGCUCUACCUCGAAACCACUGGGCAGGCGAGACGGCAGGUCGAUCCGGUACAUAGGAGUAGGAGAAGCAAUGUCCUCAGAGUUACUGACGAAGAGAAGGAGGAGAAUGAGCAGAGACAACGCAGCGAGAGUAGGAAGAGGAAAAGGAGGAGAACGUUCGUGAUAAAUCGCCGAGGGAGCAUUUUUCCGAGGGAGGAGGAUGAGGAGAAGAGUGCGGGUAAGACGAAAGAGAAGGAAAAAGAGGAGGGCGCGAGUUUGAGUACCGCGGAAAGUCCGCAGGUCGCGAGUACGUUGGAUAUGAAGCUUGUGGAGGGUGAUGUGAUACAUACAGGGAAAGGAAAGACGUGA